AUGGACCAUUUAAUUGAGAGGAUUUUUGGCACCUUCCCUGAGGACUACAGCUUCAGGGACAAGGGACUCCAGUAUGACUUUGUGACCAAGAGAGUGAACCAUUUUGGGGCUUUUGUUGAGAUUUUCCGGGUUUUAAAUCUCAACAAAGAGGAAGAGGAUCAAGGCCGAGAAGAUUUCACAGUCUCAAAAGGUUCUGGCAAUGCUGAUAAUAACAGCAACAGUAACGACAACAACGGUAACAGCAAUGACGACUGCAACGGCAACAGCAAAACAGAAACAGCAAUGGUGUACCCCGCAACCCUUGGCAAGAGUCGGAAACAUGGCAGCAGCAGCUCAACUGACCCCUUGCACCGCAAGCUCCACUAUCUUUCCUCUGUUAACAGAAAAUGCGCCGAUGUCAAACUUGCAAAAUCCUUACGUGCAAAAUUUGGACCAGAUCCGGGCCCAAUUAUUGGUAAUUGGACCCCAGGCAUGACCCGUCACCAUGUGUCAAUUCGUGGCAAGAGGCUGCGGGAGUGCUAA